UGGAGGAAAACCUAAAGCCCAAAAUUCUGGCUGAUAUGGACAAUGACUGCCAAAAGGAAUCAGAACCAAAGAGUUCGAAACAGCGGUCUAAAGAAUACAGAGAGCGAAAGAAAGGCUAUCUUAAACAACUUGAAACAAGAAUCGAGCGAUUAGAAUGUGAGAUCAUUGACUUAAGAUCACAAAAUGAAAGACUUAUCAAAGAGGUGGAAAUGAGCAAAGAAGAGAAAUAAAGAAAUGAAUUUAGAGGAAAAACUCAAAUUUCAUGAAGAUUACCUUCAUAACUCAGUUCUGAAGGAACUGAGACAUCAUCCUGAAAAUAUAAGAUUCACAAUGAUCUCCCAACAUACCAUCUCUGUCUCUGAAUAUAGUGAUCUAAGGAUCAACUUUAUCAAAGAACUAUUUAGAAAAAUCUUAGAAAAUAUGAACUCUCUUAGUGUUAAAGCCUCCUACGCAUGCAUGAAAAAUCUCUCUAAAAGAGAAGUUAAUGCUACUGUAAGUGGUAAACGUCGGUAUAAAUUUAUCAACAAAUAAAGUAAAGCAUGCAAAAGACUACCUCUUUGAUUACAAGUUUUCCGAUGAUGCUGUAAAGUAUUUCUGAAAGGAAGAUCACCCAGUCAAAAUUAUAUGCAGAAAGGUCAAAAAGCUAAAUCAGCAGUUAAUCAAACUCAGGAAUAAAAUCAUCAACACUUUUUACAUGCUGAGGUCUUGCCAGGAGGAGGGACAGUCCAUGCUGAAUUACACUAAAGAGGAUAUAGCCAAAUUCGGCUUGCUUGUUCAGAAGCUGAAAUCGACAAAGUUCCUAAGCCCACAUUAUCUCUGGGACAUUCCCAAGAAAGACCAUGAGAAAGAGUGCUAUGAUAGUGGAGAGUUGACUGAAUAAUUCACAAAUUUAUCUUAAUUUGUGUCUAAAAAUAUUGAUAACCAUAAUGUUUGGGAGAUACCGUAUAAUACCAAGACUAAUGAAGCUGACUUCUACGAAGGAGCUGAGCUGACUGAUACGAAUACUUAAUUGAAUAAUAAAAAUUCAAC